GAAAACAAUAAACAACUCGAGAACGAGAGCAGAACGGUUGAAGACCUGUCGCUUGGUUUCGACAAAAAAUAUAUUUAAAAAAACAACCGAAGCGGUCAAAGAAUAGAAGAUAUCGUUCUGUUGAGCGGAAUUGGACUUGGUCUAUCCCUGACACGAAACCUUUUCGAAUUUAUGUCAAGCUGGGAGAGUUGACGGUUUUUACCCCCUUCCGUAGCCCCCUCUAUCCCCUUCCCUUUGGUCGUUCCUCACUUACACACGGUUGUUUGUUAUGCGGUUACCGGAGAAUCGCUUCAUUUUUCGUCUUCCUCCGCCACCUCUUCACUCCCUUACCCCCAUCUCUCUGGCCCCAUGUCCCGCUGGCUCUUUCCUUGGUCUGGCUCAAUCAAGAAGCGGGCCUGUCGGUACCUUCUGCAACACUACCUCGGCCACUUCCUCCAGGAACGACUGAGUUUGGAACAACUGAGUUUAGACUUGUACAACGGCAGCGGGGUCAUCCGAGACAUUAAACUCGAUGUCUGGUCAGUGAAUGAGCUGCUGGAGUCAGUUGGGGCUCCUCUAGAGAUAGUGGAUGGCUUUGUGCACAGCAUCGAAGUGACCAUCCCUUGGGCUGCACUCGUCAACGACCACUGUACCCUCGUCAUCACUGGCCUACAGCUGACAUGCAGGCCCAAGUACAGGACCAGUGCAGGUGGGAGCUGGGACUCCCAGGGCCUGGCCUCAUGCAUGACCUCCAGCAUGCAGCUGGCCCAGGAAUGCCUGAAGGACCCCCCUGAGGCGUCCGAGGAGCCGCCCGCUCCUCUGGAGGGCUUGGAAAUGUUUGCACAAACCAUAGAGACUGUGCUCCGUCGAAUCAAAGUUACCUUCCGGGACAUCAUUGUCCGAAUUGAACACCAGCCCCUGGAUGCUGAUACUGGCAUUGCCUUGGAGGUGCACAUUAAACGGCUGGAUUACUGUGACGAGGCGGUCCGAGACCCAAGCCAGACGGUGCCUGUGGACAUUCACCAGCCCCCCGCCUUUCUGCACAAGAUCCUCCAGCUCACCGCCGUCCAGCUGCUGUACGAGAGCACAGGUCCUCAGGAUGGCCCCGGCAGCGACAGCGAAGGGACCCCCCCCGCGGACCCCUCUGCGGCCCCCGUGCCUCCCCAGCACCCCCCCCUGAUUGGGAGCUGCUCUGGCUUCAUGGAGACCACUGUGAAGAUCAAGCAGAACGACGCCCUGCCCGGACCCAAGUUGGAGCUGGAUGGGAAGGUUGGCUGCCUUCACCUGCUGCUCUCUCCAGACCAGAUCACUCGCCUUAUGGACCUGCUAUCAGCACUCAGCAUCGACACGGAGCCGGCCAGGGGGGAGAGGGGCCACAGUCGGCCCCUGGGUUCGGACGACCUGCGGCUGAUCGAGGAGGACCUGAGCAAACAACUAGGCUCAGACCUGGCGGACAGGGAGGAGGAGGAGGAGGAGGAGGAGACGGAGGGGGAGCUCUUCCUCAGCGGCCUGGAGAACGGAGAGAUGUUCUACUCCAUGGGCGCAGGGAUGAGCAGCAGUAUGAUGUCAGGGCGCUCGGGCAGUGAGCUCUCAGACAGCAUGGACUCCUCUCUGCACAGCCUGCACAGCCUGGGCCCUGGGUUGAUGAUGAACUGUCCCAGACGCUACCCUGUUCCAGGAUCACUUUCCAGUCUUCCCCAGAGCACCAGGACCCCGGGUCGCUCUUCGCGCGGCCAGUCGGACCCCCUGAAGCCGGACGUGUUCCUUCGCCUCUCCCUGGGCGGGGUCACCCUCACGCUGCUGGAGCAGGAUCCCGGCGGCGAUGCCCCUGGGUCGCAGGGUCCCCCGGGGCAAGCCCCCCUGGCCGAGGUGUCGCGUGUCUUCUUCCACGAGCUGGCCUACUUCAAGGACGCCAUGUUCAGUGGCAGAGACUUCACCCAGCUCAGAGGGAGCUUCGCCAAGGCCUGCCCCCACUCCCAUCUCAGAAUGACGGGAGCUGCGGUCCAGCUGUCCUAUCAGAUAAAGAGCGGGGGGCGCCGGGCGCGGGAGGUGACCUCUGACCUCUCCUUCAGCCAACUGGAGCUGCUCGAGUGUUUGUGGGGGUCAGGGACACCCCAGUACACUGAGUUGCUGCAGUUUCAGAACGCUGGCUCAUUCACAAUGGGAGCUGCAGUCAAGCCCUGCGCCCAGCUGCAUUACAGCCUGACUGAGAGACAGCAUCGAAAGAGCAGUGUUAAGCAGCGCGUGAUGCACAGGGACAGCACAGUGCGUGUGGAGCUGGGGGAGUUGAGCACAGAGGUGGACCUGGACGUUCUGAACCGCCUGGACCUGCUGACACAAGCCCUGAGCCACGGCCCGCCCCCCAGCGAGGGCCACGUCCAAUCACAGGCGCAGCACUGUGAGCUCCGCUCCUCCCUCACGGUGCUCUCCCCACACGCGGUCCUGAAGCUCCGCUUCCCCAUCCCGGACCUCCGCCCGCCGCCCCAGCGCCGCCCCCCUGACCAGCGGGCCGUCCGGAGCGAGACGCUCAGCCUGGAGCUCUCCCACCUGGAGCUGCACUCCCAGCAGGGCCCUGACCUCCAGCCCGAGGGGGCCGGGGACACCCACAUGACCCAGCUGUUUGAAGCCUGCUUCAGUGACCUCCACGGAGUUUAUGAGGGCUGGGAGGGGGCAUCUUUCCCCUGUAUACGAGUCCUGAAGAACCCAGACUCCGACAGCAUGCCCAGGAUCUCAGUGCGGGUGAGCGACGGCGGUGGGGGCGGGGACCGCCGGGCGGGGCCCAGGCUGGGAUUGGACAGGGACCUGGGUUCCAUGUCGUUGGAGAGCCCCUGUGAGCUGAGGGAACGGGAGAGUUCUCCCUUUUCCUCCAACCGCACCAUGUUCGAGACCGAGGAGAUGGUGAUUCCAGCAGAUCCUCUGGAGAUGAGGGAGUUCCAGGCUCAGUGUGUGUCUCAGUGCCAGUGUGUGGUGGACAUCACUCUGCCCCUGGCUGUCAUACUGCUGCCCAGCAAGGAGGCCUACCAGAGUGUGUACAACAGAAUCAAUAAUGACCUGUUGAUGUGGGAGCCCCAGCCUGUGGCCCCUGCCCGCCCCCAGGGGCCCCACAGCCCCUCUCGUCGUCCGCCCUGGGUCCAGGACGACGACUUCCGGCUCUGCAAGUCGGCCUUCAGAUUGGACUCUGACUCGGAGGAGGAGGAGCCCUAUCACACAGCCAACGAAUCAGGAAAGCAGCGUGGAGGAGAGCCACGCCCAGGCCUCACCCACAGUCUCCUGUCUUUGACCGUCCACCUGGGCAAGGGCCGUCUUCAGGCCAUGGCCGACAGCAAGGGGGAGACGGGACAGAGGGUGGAACACUGUCAUGGAGAAAUAGUGCUGGAUGUGGAAGGAGGGAAGAUAUUCAGUGUGACACAGUAUCAGGGUAACCCCAACCUCAACUUCUUGUGUCUGGAGAGCAAGAAAGUGGAGCUUUAUCACAGAGCGGUGGUUCCUGAUUCGGCCAUUCCCACACGAUUGGAGGUGCCCAGAUUUGCUCCUCCCGAACACCUGGACCCUACCAUUUAUCCCACGGAGGUGGGGGUGAGCAGUGUUGGUGGUCGCGAGGAUGGAGCCCAAAUGCUUUCAACUGCCAUCAAGAUAACCCUGGACCUCCAGAAGAAUGUGAAGGAGUUCCUGGUCGCUCUUCGUCUCCAGGGUGCUACCUUGCGACAUCACAUGGCAUUGACCAAUCACAGCUGGCAUGAACAGCUGGUGGAUUUCCUGGAUGUGAUCGAUGACCCUAUCCUGGGCUACACACCUCCUGUGGUUAUCACGGUCCUGCACACCCAUCUGUCCACCUGUGCGGUCGACUACAGGCCCCUUUAUCUGCCUUUGCGAGUGCUGUUCACGGCAGAGUCCUUCUCUCUCUCCAGCAACAUCAUCGUGGACACCGCCACCUUCCACCUCAGGUUCAUCCUGGACGACUCUGCGCUGUAUCUGUCGGACAAGUGCGAGAGCGACGUGGUGGACCUGAGACGAGAUUAUGUGUGUGUGGUGGACAUUGAUCUGUUGGAACUGGCCAUCACCACCUGGAAAGGCAGUGACUCAGGAAAACUGACCCAGCCCCUGUUUGAGCUGCGCUGCUCCAACAACGUGGUGCACCUGCACACCUGUGCGGACUCUUGCGCUGCUCUGCUCAACCUGCUGCAGUACCUGGUCGCCCGCGGCGACCUGCACCCGCCCCCCAGGCAGAGCUCUCCCACCGAGAUCGCCGGGCAGAAGCUUCCGCUGUCCGAAAGUCCCGCCUCCGUCCCGCCUAGCCUUCCUGCCGAGACGGCUGAGAUCAACCAAUACGAUCUCACAGAUGCCCUGAUUGACACAGAGCGGAUCCAACGGGAUGAAGACACGGAGUCAGGCUGUGCCGGCUCAGUCCAGCGAGCCUCGCCCGUCUCAGUCUACCUGUUCCCCGGGGAGGCCCCCAAGCCCCGGCCUCCGGAGGAAGGGGAGGAGCUGGAGGAGGACACGCUGGUGUCAGCCGCACACGAGGCGCAGCCCGACCCGGGCUCCGAAGAGGAGUCAGAGGAGUCCACCGACAACGACGACUUCUGCAUCCUCGAAGCUCCGGGCAUAGGCAUUCCUCCCAGGGACGGUGAGCCGGUGGUGAAGGUGCUGUGCCCCGGGCCCAUCGCGGUGAGGGACGGGCACUUCUCCCGCCCCCGGGGCAGUUCGGACCUGCUGCGCGCCCCCUCCCGCUUCCCCGUGCCCCAGAGCCGCGUGGUCCUCAGGGAGGUGUCCGUGGUCUGGCACCUCUACGGGGGCAAGGACUUCGGGGGCAGGCCCGUCUCCAGCCACGGACCGCACAGCCACAGGGGCCGCUCCGCUCCCCCAGGGGCCCGUGGCUCCCCCUCUCGCUCAGCGGCCCCGCCCCGGCCCCAGAACUCCUGGCGCUGGGCGGGAGGGAGCGGCCGGCAGCACAGCCUGCUCAUGGAGAUCCAGCUGACCAAGGUGAGUUUCCAGCACGAGUCGUACCCCCUGGCGGUGUCGGCGGCCGCGGCCGGCCAGGACGGCGAGGCGGGCGGGGUGGGGGAGCAGCCGCUCUUCCGCCAGGUGUUCAUUGUGCAGGAGCUGGAGGUCCGGGACCGGCUGGCCUCCUCCCAGAUCAACAAGUUCCUGUACCUGUACACCAGCGAGAGCAUGCCGCGCAGAGCCCACUCCAACAUGUUGACAGUGAAGGCUCUGCAGGUGUGUCCUGAGUCAGGCCUGGGGGGUCCAGAGUGCUGCCUGAGAGUCAGUCUUCUGCCCCUGAGACUGAACAUCGACCAGGAUGCCCUUUUCUUCCUCAAAGACUUUUUCAGCAGCCUGGCCAGUGGUGUCACCCCGUACCUGCCCGUGGACCCGGCAACUGAGGCGAAAGCCGAUGUUUCCCAGAAGGCCUCUGGGGAGGUGGAAUCUGGCUCCAGCUUAGGACCUGACCUCAGCGCUUCCAUGGAAACCACUGUCAGUGAGCAGAGCUCCUCCUCUGCUGGCUCCGCCUCCUCCACCGAGCAGCCAAUCUACUUCAGGGAGUUUCGUUUCACCUCCGAAGUGCCCAUCUGGCUGGAUUAUCAUGGAAAGCACGUCGUCAUUGAACAGGGCACGUUUGCGGGGAUCCUGAUUGGUCUGGCCCAGCUCAACUGUUCUGAGCUGAAGCUGAAGAGACUGUGCUGCCGACACGGAUUAUUGGGUGUGGACAAGGUCAUCCAGUAUGCCAUCAACGAGUGGCUGACUGACAUCAGGAAGAACCAGCUGCCGGGCAUUCUGGGAGGAGUGGGCCCCAUGCACUCUGUGGUGCAGCUCUUCCACGGCGUGAGGGACCUGUUCUGGAUGCCCAUCGAGCAGUACAGGCGAGACGGCCGCAUUAUCCGGGGCCUCCAGCGGGGGGCAGCGUCCUUCGGCACGUCCACGGCCUCCGCUGCCCUGGAGCUCAGCAACAGGCUGGUUCAGGCCAUACAGGCCACGGCGGAGACGGUGUACGACAUCCUGUCCCCGACGCCCCCCCUGACACGCUGCAUCACCGAGGGCCGGGCCCCCUCCCGCCCCCGCCGGGCCCCCCAGCCCGCCGACCUCAGGGAGGGCGUGGCCAAGGCCUAUGACACCGUGAGAGAGGGUGUGAUCGACACGGCCCAGACCCUGUGUGACGUGGCGUCUCGGGGGCACGAGCAGAAGGGCCUGCCGGGGGCGGUGGGCGGGGUGCUGCGGCAGAUCCCCCCCACCGUGGUGCGCCCCCUCAUCGUGGCCUCCGAGGCCACCUCCAACCUGCUGGGAGGCAUGCGGAACCAGAUAAAGCCAGACGCCCGCAAGGAGGACUUCUUAAAGUGGCGCACCGAGGACAGCCAGGAGUGAAAGUUUUGUGUUGGAGAUGGAUGGGGAGGAGGAGGUUGGCUGUGGGGGGAUAAGGUGGAGCACACUAGGGGGGGAGUGUGGGUGGGUGCACAAAUUCAAAUGCAAAAAAAAAAGAGAAAAAGUCUAAUCUAACUGCCACCGCCCAUAGAAAACGCAGUGUUUUAAGUGGCUUUCAAAAUGUGCCCUUGUUCUCUUCCGCAUUCCGACCGUGAGAGAAGCCUCCCUUCGUAUAUAUGAAAUCAUAUCACUCUCAUAACACACCCCAAGCCAUUUCAGUGAUUCUGUUGUUAAAGGACAAAGUGCAGGGCUUCUUCUCAGGCCUCCAUUAGUGAUGAGAAGGAUGGGUAAACUCCCUGCCGUUCGUUCUCUCUGGGCAGCAAGCGAACAGUGCCCGAGACGAAGAACUGACUUUUUGUAGGAUGGGGGGGGAAGGAAUUCAGCGUGACACAGUAACGGUGGAAGGACUAGAGCGAAGUGACCUUGCUUUUCAAUGUUAGCCGAGAGUAGGAACGAUGUUUGUCAGUUUUACACUCACCCCAAUAUGCACCUGUGUACGUGUUGUGUCCUGUGCUGUGUAACCCUGCCUCCGACUUACCGCCGUUCGUGCCAUAAGCUCCUUCAGUUUAACACCUCAGUGCUUAUUCACUGCUUCCAUUUUUCUCUUUCCACUCCUGUCCCUUCUUCCCUUUAAAAGACUUUCCAUUUUUCAGCGUUUAACCCCCGUUCUGUCCAUGUAUCCCCUGCGCUCUGUCUGUAGGAGUCUCCUCAGCGCUGCUGUGGUAUUAACAUAACGCUGCUGCAUCAGACGGGCUGCGGCCAUGUUACGUGUCCUCCCUAUACAAAAUGGCCGCUCAGUACUUUCACUCCUGCUGUCCAGUUGAUUUCUGUCCUUUGUACACUUCUCUCCAGUACCUGCUUUGCUUUACUUAUUAGUUGCCUUCAUGCAUUUUUUUAUUUGUUCUUUUUUUUAUCUUGUAAUUCUUAUUACCGAGUAUUACUAUGACCGUUUUUGUUUUCUGCAUUCUUCUGUAUGGGGGGUAUGUGUUCUUGGUGGAGGGUGAGGGAGGCAUUGGGUUUACAGUUACAGCAUUUUUAUCCUUUGUUAAAAGAGCGUAAAGUGGAAGGGAAAGUGUGUGCCGGUGUGUGUGCGUGGGUGAGCAUGCAUGUUUUUAAGGUCGGUGUGUGCGCAUGUUGUUUGAGUGCGACUGGUUGGUUGAUUGUGUUUUUUGGCGCUUCAGAGUGUGUUUCUGUAAUUACCAUUAUUACUAUAUCAUAUGCUGUAAGAACGAACUGUAUAAUACAUAGACAAUGAGUCAAAAAAAUUAAUACAAAAAAAUAAAACUUGAAAAAAUGUAAAAACCCUUAA